AGGGCGGGCUCUCGCAAACUCGCUCCUUCCUCCAUUGCGCUUUUGCCACUUCGCUGGAUCCCCAGGGACUCUGCGUAUCCUGGGGCCCCGCCGAGCUCGGAUAUCGGACAUCCCUAGGAAGGACGGCGGGUCACUGGAGCCCCUCCAAAACGAUGAGUGUGCGGCUAGUACUGGCCGGACCCGGUGCUAUGAGGUCCACAGAAAGGAUGUCAGGUCUCCCCAGAAGACGGAAAAUGACUUCAGUGGCCUUUGAGGAUGUGGCUGUGAACUUCACCCAGGAAGAGUGGGCUUUGCUGGAACUUUCCCAGAAGAAUCUCUACAGAGAUGUGAUGCGGGAAGUCCUUAGAAACCUGGCUUCUAUAGGAGACACAUGGGAGGACCAGAACAUGGAAUAUCAGAACACAAAUACGAAGAGAGAUGUAAGGCCCAUCAUAUCUUACUCUGCAAACAAACCAUAUGAGAAGGAGGAGUGUGGCGGAAAGGUAUAUGAAUGUAAAGAGAAGAGAAAAUCCUCCAUUUCUCUCACAAGUGUUCAAUGCCAGGUGUCAGAGCACACUGUAAAUGGACCUAGUGGAGGUCUGACAUGUGGAAGAGAGUUCAGUUGUUCCAGGUGUUUUCAAAAAUAUCAACCAUCUCAUACUGGAGAGCAGCCACCUGGAUAUAAGCAAUGUGGAGGCGCCAUUACUAUUUCAAAUAAACUUCAAAGGCAUGAACAAACUCCUCCUGGAGAGACGACUUACAGAUGUAAACAGUGUGGGAAAACCUUCACUCAUUCAUAUUCUCUUCAAAAACACAAACGAACUCAUACAAGUAAGAAGCGCCAUGAAUGUAAAGAAUGUGGUAAAGCCUUCAUUAAAUUCUCCUACCUUCGAAUACAUAAACGAACUCAUACUGGAGAGAAGCCCUAUGAAUGUAAACAGUGUGGUAAAGCCUUUUCUUCAUCCAGUAAACUUCGUAAGCAUGAAAGAAUUCACACUGGGGAAAAGUGCUAUGAAUGUAAAGAAUGUGGUAAAGUCUGCACAUGUUACUCUGAACUUCAAAUACAUGAACGAACUCACACAGGAGAAAAGCCCUAUGAAUGUAAGCAGUGUGGCAAGGCUUAUGCUCGGAUUUCUCACCUUCACUCACAUGAGAAAACUCAUACUGGAGAGAAGCCCUAUGAAUGUAAACAGUGUGGGAAAGCCUUUGCUACAUCUGGUAACCUUCAAAUACAUGGAAGAACUCAUACUGGAGAGAAGCCUUAUGAAUGUAAACAAUGUGGGAAAGCCUUUAUUUCUUCCACUGGCCUUCAAAUACAUGAACGAAUUCAUACAGGAGAGAAGCCCUAUGAAUGUAAGCAGUGUGGCAAAGCCUUCAUUCGAUCCUCUGCCCUUCGCUCACAUGAAAGAACUCAUACUGGAGAGAAGCCCCAUGAAUGUCAACAAUGUGGUAAAGCCUUCACUCGGUUAUCUUAUCUUCAUGCACAUGAACGAACUCAUACUGGAGAAAAGCCCUAUGAAUGUAAGCAGUGUGGCAAAACCUUCACUCAUUUCUCUACCUUUUACUCACAUGAAAGAGCUCAUAAUGGAGAGAAGCCCUAUGAAUGUGAGCAGUGUGGCAAAGCCUUCAUUCAUUCCUCUAGCCUUCAUUCACAUGAACGAACUCAUACGAAGCCCUAUGAAUGUCAACAAUGUGGUAAAGCCUUCACUCGGUUAUCUUACCUUCACUCACAUGAACGAAUUCAUACUGGAGAGAAGCCCUAUGAAUGUAAGCAAUGUGGCAAAGCCUUCAGACAUUCCUCUAGCUUUCGCUUACAUGAAAGAGCUCAUAAUGGAGAGAAGGCUUAUGAAUGUAAGCAGUGUGGCAAAGGCUUCAUUUAUUCCUCUAGCCUUCACUCACAUGAAAGAAUUCAUAAUGGAGAGAAGCCCUAUGAAUGUAAGCAGUGUGGCAAAGCCUUCAAUUAUUCCUCUAGCCUUCGCUCACAUGAACGAAUUCAUACUGGAGAGAGGCCCUAUGAAUGUCAACAGUGUGGUAAAGCCUUUACUCGGUCAUCUUACCUUCACUCACAUGAACGAACUCAUGCUGGAGAGAAGCCCUAUGUGAAACAAUGUGGUAAAGUCUUCACUUGUUCCUCUGAACUUCAGGUUCAUGAAGAAACUCAUAUUGCAGAGAAGCCAUAUGAAUGUAAACAGUGUGGCAAAGCCCUCACUCAGGCCUCUAGCCUUCACUCACAUGAACUAACUCAUACUGGAGAGAAGCCCUAUGAAUGUCAACAAUGUGGCAAAGCCUUCACUCAUUUCUCUACUCUUUGCUCACAUGAACAAACUCAUAAUGAAGAGAAGCCCUGUAAAUGCAAAGAAUGUGGAAAAGCCUUCACUGUAUUAGCUUACCUUCGAAAACAUAAAACAAAUUCAUACUAGGGAGAAGCCCUAUGAAUGUAAGCAAUGUGACAAAGCCUUCAAUCAGUCCUCUAGUCUUCACUCACAUGAAAGAACUUAUACUGGGGAGAAGCCCUAUGAAUGCAAAAAAUGUGGAAAAGCCUUCACUCCCUUCUCUUACCUUCAAACACAUAAUCAAACUAAUACUGAGUAGAACCUUGUGGAUGUACAAAAUGUUUUAAAGCCUUCACUAGUUUGUUUAACCUUUGAAUACACACAUAAAUUCAUACUGGAGAGAUGCCCUAUGGAUGCAAAGAAUGUGGGAAAACCUUCACUGUAUUCUCUUUCUUGCAAAUAUAUAAAGGAAUUCAUACUGGAAAGAAGCCCUAUAAGUGUAAGCAGUGUGGCAAAUUCUUCACACAGUCCUCUAGCCUUUACUCACAUGAACAAACCCAUAUGGGAGGGAAGCCCUACGACUAAGCAGUGAGUCAAAGCCAUCACUCAGUCCAUUCUAUUUCAUACACAUGAAGGAAUUCAUGGUAGAGAGAAGCCCUAUAAAUGUAAACAAUGUUGAAAAGUCUUCACUACUUUGUCUAGCCUUAAAAGGCUUAAUCAAAAUCAUUCUGGAGAAAAUUAUUAGUGUGAACACUGUGGGAAAGCUUUUCCUUGAUUACUUUUGCUCACAUGAACAAAAUCAUAUAGGAAAGAAGCCUUAUGAAUGUAAACAAUGUGGAAAGCCUUUGCUUCAACUGGUGAACUUCACUCCCAAGAAAAUACUCAUACUGGAAAGAAUGUUACCUGGGUGCUAUGAGGUCCACAGGAAGGAAUUCUGGACUCUCCAGAAGGCAGAAAAUGGUACUCCAUGCACUUCUCAAACCCAAUCAUAUGGUGGCAGUAGAAGACCACCAGCACCAUCCAAUUCAGAGCCAUUCCUCUGGUGACCCAUCCAUAGACUAGGCCAAGUAUCCAGGAAGGAGUUCCACCAGUUGCUGGCAUGUGAAGCCAGUGCUUCAUUCCAGAUCUGUGAGUGCAAUAAACUAAACAUUAAUCGAUCACGUAA